AUGAAAUUUUCACACUCUUUACAGUUCAAUGCGGUGCCGGAGUGGUCAUCGCACUAUAUCGCGUAUUCGCAGCUGAAACGGCUCAUUUAUGCGCUCCAGAAGGAACGGCUUUACCAGAGUGCGUCCGUCGAUCCCGAGCGCGUGCCGCUACAGGACACUUACACGAUUCGGUUCACAGAUGCCCUCGACAAAGAGUUGCACAAAGUAGACCGAUUUUACGGGCAACAGGAGGCCGCGAUCAUGACCAGCUUCCACGAUUUGCAGGAAACGGUGUGCGAGAUGCAGCGACAUGAGUCUCUCAUGGAUCUGGGUUCUCGUCGCAGCAGCAUGUCACCGGAUGCGUCUCCCAGCGCGAGUUCGCGCAGGCGGUCUCAAAGCCGGUCACCAGGCCGGAAUUCUGGUCCAAUUCCUCGUCGUCGUUCUGGGUCCCUUUCCGACAACGAAGAUGCGUUUUCGUCGCCGGGAUCCCUGCCGGCACGGUUGCGCAGCUCUUCAGGCGAAAUGGCGCCGCUCAUGUCGCGCAACACGCAAUUGACGGAUCUGGAUUUUGCCACGGAAAACAAGAUCAACAUGAAAAAGAGACUUGUUGUUAAGUAUACGCAACUUUGUGAGCUCAAGAGCUUCAUUGAGCUCAACCAGACCGGGUUUUCCAAGAUUUGCAAGAAAUUCGACAAAUCGCUAGAAGCGGAUAUCAAGGCAUCCUAUUUGGCCUCAUUGGCUCCCAGAUCCCACAUUUUCAAGCCCGAAACUCUCGCUUCGCUAGAGUCGGCAAUUACAGACGUGAUUGGCAUGUAUGCGCGGUUUUUGACUACUGGCAAUGAAACCGAUCAGGACGAAUCCAACUAUCAUGAAGCUGAGAAUGAGUUGUCGCUUCACUUGCGAGAACACGUCGUGUGGGAGAGAAACACCGUUUGGAAAGAUAUGAUAAACCUAGAGCGUAAGGCUCAAAACGUGAAAGCCGCGAAAAAGUCCAGAACUCACCGCAGAGGCAAAACUCUCGACGAGAACGCAAGCGUGUCUCCCUCGCCUGCGGCUCUUCCACAAGCCACAUUAACGGAUGCCUUGCAUUAUGGCCCCACUCACUACCUCCACAUCCUGGUGCAAUCUCAGCGUUUACUACGGUUUAUCGCGUUGACACUUGUCUUCGUUUUCUUGGUCCUGUGGAAUCCCAUUCAAGACGAAUUGCAGAAAAACUGUUCGGCUAUUUUAGUCUACGCUUCGCUUUUGUGGGCAACUGAAACAAUUCCCCUUUUCGUGACUUCACUUCUGGUACCACUUCUAAUUGUCACCCUGCCGGUUCUGAGAAACACCGACGGGGAGGCCAUGACUACACCAGAAGCGUCUCAGUAUAUUCUAUCCACCAUGUGGUCGAGUGUUAUCAUGUUGCUACUUGGUGGCUUCACCUUGGCUGCAGCUCUUUCCAAAUACAACGUUGCCAAGGUUAUAUCCACCCAUGUAUUGGCAUCUGCGGGUACUAACCCAAAGAUCAUUCUUUUAACCAACAUGUGCGUCGCACUGUUUGCUUCGAUGUGGGUGUCAAACGUUGCAGCCCCGGUUUUAUGUUACUCUAUCAUUGAACCACUUUUGAGAACAUUGCCCAAGAAAAGUACUUUUGCCAAAUCUCUCAUAAUGGGGAUCGCACUGGCUUCCAAUAUCGGCGGCAUUGCUUCGCCUAUCGCUUCUCCGCAAAACAUCAUAUCUAUCGGGAUGAUGUCGCCCCAACCUUCAUGGGCACAAUGGUUUGCCGUUUCUCUGCCUGUUUGCUUCCUUUGUAUCUUGGGCAUUUGGGUCAUUCUGCUCAUCAGUUUCCCCGUUGAUAAAAAUUUGAAGAUUUUACAGCUUCACCCCAUCAGGGACCCUUUCACAAUGCAACAGUGGUUCGUCACUGCGUGCACAAUUUUAACUAUUGUGCUGUGGUGUUUCGCAAAACAACUCACCCCCAUUUUUGGAGAAAUGGGCAUAAUUUCCAUAAUUCCUAUGUUUUUACUUUUUGGUUCGGGUCUUCUGACUUCUAGUGACUUCAACAAUUUUAUGUGGACCAUUGUCGUUCUUGCCAUGGGCGGCACGACCCUCGGCAAAGCUGUCACCUCGUCCGGACUGCUCGCAUCCAUUGCAACGACGAUAAAGACCUUCGUGGAGGAUAAGCCCGUCUUUGUUAUAGUGCUCAUCUUUGGUAUCGUAAUCUUGGUAAUGGCCACGUUUGUUUCGCAUACCGUGGCUGCCAUGAUUAUUGUUCCUUUAAUGGCAGAAAUCGGAAGCAAGCUACCAACUGGAAAUCACUCAAGGCUUUUGAUUAUGGUUUCCGCUAUGCUUUGUUCGGGCGCGAUGGGGUUGCCUACGUCAGGCUUUCCUAACGUGACAGCAAUCUCUAUGUUGGAUGAGGUUGGGGACAGGUAUCUGACCGUGGGCAAUUUUAUCACACGAGGAAUCCCUGCAAGUGUUCUAACGUAUGGUGUCAUCGUUACAGUCGGAUACGCCCUCAUGGCGCUGAUUGGUUUUUAA